AAAAAAAUAAUAUGUGUAAACGAUCAAAGUUUAUUAAAAAUAUGGCAAGUAAUGAGAAGAUUAAAGAUUACAAACCUUCAAUAAUUGCAAAUGUUAUUAAGAAAGAGGCUUCUAAAGUGUAUGAAAACUCAGAUGUAGAGUAUUUGAAAACCAAGAAGGUUGCUAAUAUUAAGCAGAAGCUAGUUGGUUCAAUGAAUUUGCAUCUUGUUGAAAAUCAUGGCUGGUGUUUAUUUAUCUUAUACAUCUGUGAUGGCUAUGGUUGUUGGAAUGCCGGUGCUCAUUUCUUUGUCAAUAGAGAAACAAGUGAAGCUGUUGCAGCAGCAUUAAGAAUUAUUCGAAAUUUUGCUUCAUAUUGGAAUCCAUACCCCACACUUAACAAAAUGGUUCACGCGAUGCACAAAAGGACACAAGUUGGAUGUGAAGAUGUUGUUUAUAAUGCUGUAAAUACUUGUUCCAUUCAAGCUAAUGCAAAGUAUAUUACUAGAAAUUAUUUAAAAAAUUCGAGACAAUGGUCUCUCUGGGCUCGACAACACUUACUACUUCUUCUUCAAAUUACUUCUACUAAUCCUCUUGAAUCUUUUCACA